GGGAUUCUUCUUUGGGCUAAUCGAGCUUUCUACAGAUCUCUGUGGAGCUUAGCCGCUGAGCUAGCUCACGACACCGGUUGUAUUUUAUUUGAAAAUGGCAGAGAAAAAAAAUAAUUCGAGUUCGAGUACAAAUUUACUUUUCUCUACGGCACCACAGUUAAAUUUCAAUUUACCUUUCAUUCCUGUCAGUCAAGCUUGUGGUCCUGCGGUAUUAUCAGGAGAUGAUUCCGCAGAUGUUGGAGAAGAAGACAGUUUUCUCGGCCAGAGUUCCGGAGUUGCGCCACAGCCGUCUACCCUGAACUACUUCUCCAGCCCGACCAAUAGCAACGACCCAUUUGCUUCCAUCGGGACUCGGCCCGCCCCUCCCGUGUCUCCGUUCGGACCUGCGGUCACGGUGCCGGCGUGCGCCCCUUCCGUGCCAAACGCCGCCCCCCUCGCCUCUGUCCCCCAGAGCGCCCCGGUCUCCCAGUUUCUCAACGCACAGCAGAGCCCCCCGGCCUCUCAGUUCCUGAAUGCGCAACAGUGCCCCCCUGUGUCCCAGUUUGGCACUGCGGUUUUUCAGAGCGCGCCACCAGGCUGCACUCCUCCCCUGAGUGCCGCGUCGGCUCAGGCCCCGCCGCAGGGGUACAACCCUUACCGCCACACCCCCGUGAGCAGCCGGGCGAACCCCUACCUGGCCCCCCCCGAACUGCAGCAGCACCAUGUCCCGCAGCAGCAUGCGGCUUUCCCCCCCCAGGCCCCCCCCAGUGCUGCACCCGCCUUCUCACAGCCCGGGAUGCCCCCUCUCACACAGGGUCCUCCCAGCAUUGCAGGUCCCCUGGUCCCAGCCCCGCCCACCAUUCCUUAUACCUAUGCCGUGUAUGAGCCAGUCCAGCCUCACUGGUUUUUCUGCAGACACGUGGAGUCCAAGAACAUCUGGCUGCCGUUCAGCGUCCUGGACUCCGUUCAGCUGGAGGAGACGUUUAACUCGGUCCAGCCGGAUCCGGAGAGCGUGGUGGUGCGCACAGACGGGGGGCGCUACGACGUGCAGCUGUACGACCGCCUGCGCAGCGCCGUCUUCUGGGAGGAGGAGCCCUCCGAGGUGCGCCGCUGCACCUGGUUCUACAAGGGAGACACCGACAGCCGCUUCAUCCCCUACUCGGAGGAGUUCAGCGACAAGCUGGAGGGUGAAUAUAAGAAAGCCGUGUUCACAAAUCAGUGGCACCGACGACUGGAGUUUCCUACGGGGGAAACGAUUGUAAUGCACAAUCCCAAGGUGAUCGUGCAGUUCCAGCCCUCCGCUGUGCCGGACGAAUGGGGCACCACGCAGGACGGCCAGACCAGGCCCCGCGUCGUCAAGAGGGGGAUCGACGACGACCACGAUGAAAUUCCCGACGGUGAGCUCCCUCAGGCGGAUCACCUGGUGUUUAUGGUGCACGGCAUCGGCCCGGUCUGUGAUCUCAGGUUCAGGACGAUGGUGGAGUGCGUGGAUGACUUCAGGAGUGUUUCUCUGAAGCUGCUGCAGAGUCAUUUCCACAAAGCGCAGGAGGAGCAGCUGGUCAGCCGUGUGGAGUUUCUGCCUGUUCAGUGGCACACGGCUCUCCAUGGCGACGCCACCGGAGUGGACAGGCGGAUUAAGAAGAUAACCCUGCCCAGUACGGGCCGCCUGCGCCACUUCACCAACGAGACGCUCCUGGACGUGCUCUUCUACAACAGCCCCACCUACUGCCAGACCAUCAUGGACAAAGUGGCCCUGGAGAUCAACCGCCUGCACGCCCUGUUCAUGGAGAGGAACCCGGACUUCACCGGGGGAAUCUCUGUGGCAGGCCACAGCUUAGGCUCUCUCAUCCUGUUUGAUCUGCUGUCCAAUCAGAAGACUGCCUUCCCAUCACAUGUCCCUGUACCCUCUAAUGAGAAGAAGCCUGUGGAGGAGAAACAGGCUGCGAGCUCAGUCUCGCAGACAAACGGCACAGCGGGCCAGCCGGUGGUGGAGGAAGCUGCUGGGGAGGAAGAGGAGGAGUUUCCAAACCUGAACGCCGUUCUGGAGCACCUCAGCCUCACCGACUACCUCAGCACUUUGGAGAAAGAGCAGAUCGACAUGGAGUCUCUGCUCAUGUGCACAGUGGAUGAUCUGAAAGAGAUGGGCAUCCCACUCGGGCCAAGGAAAAAGAUUGCCAAAUUUGUGAAGGAACGGGCCAGCAAACAGGAGAAGGCAGCACAGAGAGCACUUGUUGCUCCUCCUGCUCCACAGGCCCCUCUCCCCCAAUCAGAGCCAACCCCACCACCCUCUUCCAGCCAAUCAGAGCCCACUCCAAAGAUCCUCUCAGUCAGUGGAGCGGUCUCUUCCGUGCAUGUCGACUACAACUACUUUGAAGUUGGCACAGGACAGGUCUCUGUGGUCUACCACACUCUGGACUUCCAUCCGGUCAACUUCUUUGCUCUGGGCUCCCCCAUUGGCAUGUUCCUGACCGUUCGAGGAUUGGAGAGAAUCGAGGAGACCUACCAGCUGCCCACCUGCAGGGGUUUCUUCAACAUCUACCACCCGUUGGACCCGGUGGCCUACAGAAUCGAGCCCUUGAUUGUUCCUGACCUGGAGCUGAAGCCUGUGCUCAUCCCCCAUCACAAAGGCAGGAAGAGGUUGCACCUGGAGCUGAAGGAGAGCCUGACCCGGAUGGGCUCGGACCUGAAGCAGGGCUUCCUCAGCUCUCUCAAAACAGCCUGGCAGACGCUCAACGACUUCGCCCGCGCCCACACCUCCUCCCCGCAGCUGCAGGCGGAGCUCGAGAAGGUGGCCAAUCAGAUCAAGGAGGAGGAGGAGAAGCAGGAAGUCGCCGUAGACAAGCUGGUGGAAAGCCCGGACUCCUCCAAGGAGGAGGACCCGCUGGUGAAGAUCGGCAUGCUGAACGGCGGAAGGCGCAUCGACUACGUCCUGCAGGAGAAGCCCAUCGAGAGCUUCAACGAGUACCUGUUCGCCCUCCAGAGCCACCUCUGCUACUGGGAGUCUGAAGACACAGCACUUUUGAUUCUGAAGGAAAUCUACAAAACCAUGGAAAUAUAUCCUGAACAAACCCAUUGACGCACACUCGAUGCUUGUACUAUCGAUUUACAGUUGCUGUGACUUCAGCUCAGCCUACCCAGUUUGAGCUCUGUAGAGUCAUUCACAUUUAGUAUACUGUGGAGGUAGGUUGAUUAACCCAAUACCUUCUUUUUUGUAUUUUUUAUUUUGUAUUCCAGUUUUCCUAAAUCUAAUGUAUUAAGAUAUAUCCAUCUGUAUUUUGUCCUCCCCCCCCCCCCCAAAAAGAAAAAAAAUUAACAUUUCAGGUGAGUUGCUGUAGAAAUGUUAUUUUGAUCAUGUAAAAUAAAACAACAGAUUGAGGGUUUGGAAUAUCGCUUGUAGUCAAUCCACCAAUUUGUAUCAAAAUCAUUAUUAUUGCUUUUAUUUCUGCAUUACUAGUGACCAAUCAUUGCCUUUGGAUGUGUUAUUGAGUUAUCCUACUCGUAGGAUAUAGUUUGCUUGGCUGGCCAUGGAGUCAUGCAAUAAAGACUUUAAUAACAUACGUGUUCUAUGGCUGAUUGCUUAUCCAGUUUGGAGUGAAGUGAUCUAUGAAAUUUGUGUUUGAUCCAUGCAGGUAUGGAUUGCGAUUGGUAACAUGUGGUUUCAUAUUUUAAAAUGUAAUUUCCUGGUCAGAAUGAACAUUUUUGGUCAUGGAAUGCCACUUUGUUCACACAAAGGGACUGUUGAGAUUGAGAAAGGGACCAUGAUAUGAAAUGGGUAAGAAAGUGAGCCUCACAGCUGCUACAGGACUCUUUAAAACGCAGUGACUGCCUUGGCUGGUGUCUGUGCAUUGUUUUGUUUACAGAGAAAUGCAGUGAAGUGCUCCUGUCCUGUUACUCCUGGAUCAAUGUAGCAUUUUGGUGACUUUUUAAAAAUAAAGGCUAAUCAUUAUCUGCUGUUUCCAGGGGACCACAUCAUAUUCUUAUGUUCAUAUUUUAUUAUUUUGCCAUCCAGUGUUGGUGGCCUAUAGCAUACUCCUACCUUUGCCCUCUACAUUUAAUCUGGCCAUUUCAGCUUGAAUUCGGGGUCAAAUUCCUGCUGUUUUUACAUCGGGGGGCUGUGUCUACACCUCCUUUAUGUUUCUGAUCAGAAGGUCUGUAUUUGAGUAUUUGUGCACUAGGAGUCCCCCUGAUGCAGGGUGGAGGGUGUGGCUACCGGGUUGCCCUGGAGCUCAUCAGUGCCCAAACUCUGAGCCACAGGCCAAAUUCAGGUUCUGCAAGAGCUGGAGUCGGCCGGACGUCAGUCUUUGGGACUGUCCCUCCUCCUCCCCCCUCCCUCCCCUGCAGUGUCCUGCCUCCCUGUCUUUGGCUGACACAGGAUCUCCCUGGAAGCACACGCACUUGUUCACAAAACAACUGCCGAUCAAGCCAGUCAGUUUGGACCUCCUGACCAGGAACCUUCAGCUCAGUUUGCUCAAGCAAUAACGAAUGCAUGUGAGUUUACCCUCGAUGGCUUGUGCUCAGACAUAAAACUGAGUCAUGCUGCAACUCAGACAGUACUUCCGUCUCUCAUCUGAAACACCUGAAUAAGCUUUCCCUGAGGCUAUUGCUACCACAUCUGUAAACUAACUGCAUUAAUGUGGCUCUGAACAGGGGGAAAGCAGUGCUGUAGCUAUAAUAAUGAGAGGGAGACUGUGUGCAACUGCAACAGUACCCAGGAGAACAUGACAUCAAGCUAAUGUUGGUUGUGAACUACAAAGACAGGUGGCUACCUAUCUAAUACUUCUGUAAGAUUUAGACAUGGCAAAGUUGGGACUAGUUGGGACCAAAAUUAAUGACUUGCUUGGAGAAGAAAAAUGGAAACCCCCUCUGUACUUUAAUGGCAGCAAAAGGUUUUUCUGUAACAGCAAGUCCAGCUUACCUUCUUGGGAGUUUAUGGUCUGAAGCUAAUCUAAUCCAAAAAAUAAACAUGAAAUUGGCACAGGAAACAAAACGCAGCACUUGGGACAGAAAUACCCUUCACGAGCAAUAAAGAACUGAGACAAACACCCUCAAAAAGGUUCAAAAGGCAGAAGGAGGCUUUCUCUAAUGAGGCAGUUCACAGAAGAGAGCGGUCACGUCGGUUUGGCUUCCGGCACAGACGCCCAUUUGAAAUGUUUCUUCUUCAGAGUCCAUUUUCUUGAGCAUUUUUUCGAAGCGACCGACACGGUAAGACAGCACUGCAACAAACUACCCACAUCACUGUAACCUGUGCUGUGGGAACACCGUUUACAUAAUACUUAGUCCGUUAAAAAAAAAAAAACAUACAGCAUUGAGACUGUCACAAUGAAUGAUACCGUGCAGAACCCUGAAUGGACUCGAAUACAAAGCUCUCUUUUAGGAAUCUACAUUCAAGAAACAAUUCCACUGAACAUAGAACAACUAAAUAUUAGCCAGUAUUAGUCAAGUAAAUUCAUAUCUCAAAAGAACAAUUUGUUGGCGAUUGGUCUUUUCCGGAUAAAACCUUUUCGACAGAUUUUAAAAGACAUUCGCUAGUCCUUGUUCUGUUAUUGAUAAAGUGUGUGCAUUUUUUUUUUUU